AUGGCCGAAGCUCGGGGCGAACCCUCGUCAUUUGAUGAGGCCUCGGAUCUUCCACCCUUUCCAGAUGAUGGGAGUGCUUUUGAACAGAAAGCCACGCAUCUGCUGGAUCACGAUGACCAUAUGUCACCGCCGGCCGCAAAGAAGCGGAGGACCGACGCCGGCCCAGAGGAUGAGAUUUCAAUCGACCCCCAAUUUUCCACUUCUGACCUGCAUGGACCAGGCCAUAAGAUUGAGGAAGAAAUUGCCAAUGCGCUAGCCGAAGGGAACAGCCAUGUCAUGUCCCAGGGGAACAACACCCAUGAGAAACAUGUGUCGGAAUCUCCUGCACCGCCUGCCCUGGCCCAAGAUGGCACGGCCAAUACCAACUCGGACUCCAAUAUAAACCCGAGCUCGAACUCACAUCCUGACGUGAGCUCGAUGAUCACAGAUAUUCUGGAUCACACAGAGCGACAGGAACAAACGGUCGCAAUGGGCCCGCAGGAGAUUCCUUCAUCGGGGGAUUUCCCAGGGGCCAAAGGGUACGCGUUCCUGAACCUGAAGGCCAAUUCACAUCUCAAGAUUCAAAGCCUACCGAUCUUAGAUAACCUGUCAACUCAAAUCCUCUCGUUCUUGUCCAAGAAUAGCUAUCAAGAUCUUGCUGCCAUGGUGUCGGAGCCUGAUUCUGAAGAUGGCCAAGCGUACGCGACAAUGCGCUCAUUGUUUGACCAUACCAAACGCGUCUAUACGAUCAAGCGCUCAUUUCUUCAAUCGUCCGACAUCGAGGUCACGGACGCAUCCCAACUUGAUGUUCUGCGAAAAGCCAACCUGGCUUCUUUCGUAUCCAGCAUCUUCGGCUCCCAAGAGAUUGGAUUUGCGGAAUUGAAUGAGCACUUCUUGGACGUCUUUGUACCGGAAGGGGGCCGCUUGCUCAAGGUUCAAGCCGCACUAUACCUGGAAUUGAAGACGCAAGCUUUUAUCGCUGCGUUGAACACCAAGUCCCGCACACGAACCCAGUUGCUCUACGAACUGUUCCCCGACGAUAUGGAGCAGCGGCUUCUCGCUAGACGGCCAGGCACUCGGCAACUUGCGCCCAGUGAGACGGACUUUGUCAACCGGCUCACCUCACGCCGCGACAUUCUCCUCAAUGACAUUCACAACGAGGAUGCCUUGAAGGCACUUCCAGACAAAUAUCAUUGGGAAGAUUUCCUGCGGGAUCUGAGCUCAUAUAUUGCCAAAAACUUUGACUCGAUCAAUACUCAACAGGGCAAGAAACCUGUCAAAGGUCGCCAGCCAUCCACGUCAACCAGCGAUGCACAGGAGACGCCAAGCACCACUCACCAAAGCCAGUUCCCUGUAAAUCAGCCGGUGGAGGUUCCGGUGGACCGUAAUAUGCACGGAGACUUGGUAGCCCGCGCAGCUCGUGCAGCGCAAAUCGCUUUGCAGGGCCACGGUCUUCGCCGCUCCCAGCAACAGCAGCAACAGCAACAGCAACAACAGCAGCAGCAGCAGCAGCAACAGAAUCAACCGCAGUCUCAAGCCACGCCGCCACCUCCCCUUGGCUCGUCGAUGACACUGUCCCAACAGCACCAACCUCAGUCGCAGCAGCAACCUCAAUCACAUCAAUUGCCUCAAUCUCAAGGUCCACCUCAGCCCCAACCCCCGCAUCAGCCGCAACAUGCGGGUCAGGGCGAGAAUCAGUAUCUACACGGGUACACUGCUGUUCAGCAACCCAGUCAGCCCGCUCACCAGCACCAGCCGCAGCAACCGCAGCAACAACAACAACAAUAUCAACACAGUCCUACACCACCGGGUGGAUAUCAACAAUCCCCAGGACUUGCAUUUCAGCAGAGUCCAAUGCAAGCUAAUUUCCAGCAAUAUAAUCCUAAUGCAGCGCAAGUUAUGCAAGCUCGGGCCAAUGGGAUGUCGCCCGGGAAUCACGGAUACAUGCCGGGGAUCCCUCACUAUUCGCAGUCUCAGCCUACUCAGGUCCUUUACGAAAGAGCCCGCAUGGCAGCUUCUGCCAAGUCAUCUCCCACCAACCGCAAAGCCGGGUUGCCAAGUCAGCGUCGCCCUUGGACUACUGAGGAAGAAAAUGCGUUGAUGGCAGGUCUCGAUCGCGUCAAGGGCCCCCACUGGAGUCAAAUUCUGGCGAUGUUUGGACCCGGCGGCACCAUCAGCGAGGCUUUGAAAGAUCGCAACCAGGUUCAACUCAAGGACAAGGCCCGCAAUUUGAAAUUGUUCUUCCUCAAGAGUGGGAUCGAGGUGCCGUAUUAUUUGAAAUUCGUUACCGGCGAGUUGAAGACACGCGCGCCCGCUCAGGCUGCCAAACGGGAAGCUCGAGAACGACAGAAGAAACAAGGCGAAGAGGACAAGGCUCAUGUGGAAGGGAUUAAGGGUAUGAUGGCUCUUGCCGGAGCCCAUGCUUCGCCGGUUGGUGGCCAUGAAAUGUCCGCCUCGCCCAGCUUGCCUCCGGAUGCCAACGCUCAGUCCAUGUUUGACCAGACUGCUGAGCAGAAUUUGAUGCAAACCUUGAGCCAGGAGGUUCAUGGCAGCCAGUACCCCCAACAGCAUCCCGCUCCAACGCAAGACCACCAUAUUGAUCCUCACAUGCAGCUUGGCCAAUAG